AUGUCGCAAUCAAUAUCACUAUCUUUUGGUCCACCAUUAGAAACUUGGAAUAAAGGAGUGGAUCAAAUAAUCCAUUCAAAUAUUUCAGAAUGCACUGCUCGAACAGUUGAACCUGUCGGUCAAUAUUUUUUUUCGUACGCUCGUCAAAAACUCGAUAACUCCUUUUUCAAUUUGGAUGAACACAUGAAUGUUGAAACGCAAGUAGAAGAAGAUGAGUUAUUAUCUGAAGAAUCUGAGGAAGAAGCAGUUGAAUUAUUAAAUCGCGAUCCAAAAGAGUGGAAGUAUAGAUGGGAUGCUACCGAUGAACAAAUCAAACGUGCAUACAGAAAGAAAGUUCUUAAACAUCACCCAGAUAAAAAGGCAUCAAGUGGAAACACCAAUGACGAUGCCUUUUUCAAAUGUAUUCAAAAAGCACACGAAGUACUUUCUGAUCAGACUAAACGUCGACAAUUUGAUUCAAUUGAUCCUGCAAUUGAUGAUUCGAUACCACCAACCAUUAAGACAAAGGGUAGCUUUUUCCAAGUAUAUGGACCAGUUUUUAAAAGGGAAGCUAGGUACAAUUUUGAUUCAUGGCGAUCAUUUGAAUAUUUAGAUAAAGAAGAUCUAGAUAAUACUGAAAAUCGAGAUGAUAAGCGUUAUCUUGAAAAAAAAAAUAAAGCAGAAAGAGCAAAGCGUAAAAAAGAAGAUACAGUCCGACUGAGAAAGAUUAUAGACCAAGCCGUGUCUUCUGAUCCACGUAUUAUUAAAUUUAGACAAGAAGAAAAGGCAGCCAAGGAAGCCAAGAAAAAAGAAAAAGAAGCAGCGACAUUAAAAGCUCAGGAGGAAGCAAAAAAGGCGGCUGAAGAAGAACGACUAAAAAAAGAAAAGGAGGAGGCUGAAGCAAAACUAAAACAACUCGAUGAAAAAAAAGACAAGACAGCAAAAAAGAAGGCAAUGAGAAACGAACGAAAGAAUAUUAAGACAAACCUUAAGUCACAUAAUUAUUUUUAUCCUGAAAAUGAAAGACCAUCUGCGGAUAUUAUAGAAAUUCAGCUAUCAGAAUUAGAUAUAUUAUUUGAAAAUCUUUCUUUGGAGGAAUUAAAAAAUGUUAGAACUAAAAUGGAAUCUUCUAAAGACAGAAAUGAUGCAAAACAAGCCUUAAUAGACGAGGCAACAAGACUUAUCAAAAAUGGUAUUUUAUCUUCAAGUUCGAUCAAACAUUUUUAUUCAGGUUCUGAAGAAAAACCUGUUGAAAAGAUAAAAAAAGUUGAAGUUACAACAAAUGCACCAAAAGAUCAAUUUCCAUGGAGUGAAGAAGAAACAGCGUUAUUGAUUAAAGCUGCCAACAGAUUUCCUGGUGGCACAAUAGACAGAUGGGAAAAAAUAAGCGAGUAUAUUUCUAUCCAUUCUAAAUCGCCUCCAAGAAAAACUGAAGAUUUGGUCAAGAAAUCUAGAGAAGUUCUAAAAGGCAUAAUAAUACAACCAACAUCCAAAAAAUGA